AGCGCGGCUCGGGGGUCCCGGUGUGGGAUUGGGGUGCCCAGAGCGCGGCUCGGGGGUCCCGGUGUGGGAUUGGGGUGCCCAGAGCGCGGCUCGGGGGUCCCGGUGUGGGAUUGGGGUGCCCAGAGCGCGGCUCGGGGGUCCCAACACGGGUCCCAACGCCACCCCUGACCCCUCCUCCUCCUCCUCCUCCUCCCCCCGCAGCGGACCCGGUGGUGCAGAUCGAGGGCAACCCGCACUGCUGCUUCUUCAACUUCAGCCCCAAGAUCAUGUUCACCAAGGUGGUGAAGGCGCAGCUCUGGGUGUACCUGCGGCCGGUGCAGCACACCUCCACCGUGUACCUGCAGAUCCUGCGCCUCAAGCCCGUCACGGACGAGGGCAGCCGCCACAUCCGCAUCCGCUCGCUCAAAAUCGAGCUCAACUCGCGCGCCGGGCACUGGCAGAGCAUCGACUUCAAGCACGUCCUGCAGAACUGGUUCAAGCAGCCGCACAACAACUGGGGCAUCGAGAUCAACGCCUUCAGUGACAGCUCCGAGGGGCUGGGUGACAGGUGUGGGGGACAGUGA